AUGCAGCAGGUGGUGCGUGUGAAUAUCACGGUAGUCCGGACGGAGCGAAUUGUUGGAGUUCAAUUGACCGAAAGUACAACGUUACGAGAUGGAUGUUGGUUGCCAAUGAUUCCAUAUUUCCUCGGGCAUUUGACUUCUUGGCUUCUUGGGCUCUCACAUGGUGCUAGGCGACAGCACCUUUCUGCAAAGUAUGGGAAGCUUUUGGCAUAUGACUGUGAGUUAAUUAGUGCGUGGACUCCCGAAGCGCAUACUCUGAAUGCCUGA